CAAAAACAAGCCUUGCAAAAACAAGCCUUACAUCUUCCAGCAUUUCUCAAGUUUCUUUCGCAGGCUCCACGGUUGAUGCAGAUCAUGUUUAUCUAUCUCUUUGAACGUUCUUAGUCUAGAGUAUAGCUACUAUGUAUCGGUAGCGUAGUAGUAUAUUACUAAUACGCUCGGUAACGCAAACAUUCUUGAUGUGAUGAAUUCAAGGACGCUAGCACCGCCUGAAGUAUGGCCGCUUUCGAUGGUUUCUGGUUCAAAAUAUGCUCCCGGUGGAUCGGUUUCGGAGAUUUGCGCGAGGAAGUCGAAGAGGGGUGUUGCACCGAAGCUUGCGGUGACGGUUCUCUGCGCUGCUUUGUCCCCUGGUCGACAUUUCUCGGACCAUCGACUGAAUCUGCUAGACGCAGGGCGAUCGGCUCGGCAUCGAGCAGUUUGGCUUUCAAGACUGGGUGGGAGUAAUGUACUCACGGCUGCACUACUAGCAACCCAGACGCUCAAGGUGCCAGCUCCAGCUAACCAAAAUGAGAUCUGCUCUGCCAAUUCUGUGACACGAGCUCUGGGGCAGGUCCGUCUACAAUCUCUGAAGAUGCUGACGACUACUAAAAGGCUCCAUGUCCAUAUUGGAGCUCUGAACCGCCAUCCACCAGGAGUCGAAGCACUUGAAGCCCACUUGAAUCAUUCAAGUUACACUGUGCAACACCGCACAGUUUCAUCGGUUUCACGAACUCAAAUCACUACUAACUAUUAACGCCUUUCCACAGCGCGGUCGCAGCCCGGCAGGAAAAGCUACGACCACCACUUCUGCUCUUAUUCGAGGGCUCAUUAAACUUGGCGCUUAUUAAUAAAUGACACCUUUGCCACAAAUAAAAUUAGGUCGAUAUCACAAUUCAGAUUUCUCAAUCUGGAAAAGUAUUGUGACACGUGUAGUAUCUAAA